CGGAGCUCUUGCGACCCCGCCAGGACCCGAACAGAGCCCGGGGGCGGCGGGCCGGAGCCGGGGACACGGGCACACGCCCGCUCGCACAAGCCACAGCGGACUCUCCCGAGGCGGAACCUCCACGCCGAGCGAGGUUUUAAGGAGGUGUCGUCACCAAAUGGCUGAAUCUGCUUGAGCUGAGAGCGAAAAACGACUCCCCUUUCCAGAAGGAGUGAUCUUAUGACUUGGACGGUCUCUGAAAGGGUCGGAAGUUUGGGGAACGGGAGGACGACCCACUGUCUUUAAGCCGAGGGUCAGUUUGAAAAGGAGGAUUGAGCUCACUGUGGAGUAUCCAUGGAGAUGUGGAGCCUUGUCACCAAACUCUAACUGCAGAACUGGGAUGUGGAGCUGGAAGUGCCUCCUCUUCUGGGCUGUGCUGGUCACAGCCACACUCUGCACCGCUAGGCCAUCCCCAACCUUGCCUGAACAAGCCCAGCCCUGGGGAGCCCCUGUGGAAGUGGAGUCCUUCCUGGUCCACCCCGGUGACCUGCUGCAGCUUCGCUGUCGGCUGCGGGACGAUGUGCAGAGCAUCAACUGGCUGCGGGACGGGGUGCAGCUGGCGGAAAGCAACCGCACCCGCAUCACAGGGGAGGAGGUGGAGGUGCAGGACUCCAUGCCCGCAGACUCCGGCCUCUAUGCUUGCGUAACCAGCAGCCCCUCGGGCAGUGACACCACCUACUUCUCCGUCAAUGUUUCAGAUGCUCUCCCCUCCUCGGAGGAUGAUGAUGAUGAUGAUGACUCCUCUUCAGAGGAGAAAGAAACAGAUAACACCAAACCAAACCGUAUGCCCGUAGCUCCAUAUUGGACAUCCCCAGAAAAAAUGGAAAAGAAAUUGCAUGCAGUGCCGGCUGCCAAGACAGUGAAGUUCAAAUGCCCUUCCAGUGGGACCCCAAACCCCACACUGCGCUGGUUGAAAAAUGGCAAAGAAUUCAAACCUGACCACAGAAUUGGAGGCUACAAGGUCCGUUAUGCUACCUGGAGCAUCAUAAUGGACUCCGUGGUGCCCUCUGACAAGGGCAACUACACCUGCAUUGUGGAGAAUGAGUACGGCAGCAUCAACCACACGUACCAGCUGGAUGUCGUGGAGCGGUCCCCUCACCGGCCCAUCCUGCAAGCAGGGUUGCCCGCCAACAAGACAGUGGCCCUGGGUAGCAACGUGGAGUUCAUGUGUAAGGUGUACAGUGAUCCGCAGCCGCACAUCCAGUGGCUAAAGCACAUCGAGGUGAACGGGAGCAAGAUUGGUCCAGACAACCUGCCUUAUGUCCAGAUCUUGAAGACUGCUGGAGUUAAUACCACCGACAAAGAGAUGGAGGUGCUUCACUUAAGAAAUGUCUCCUUUGAGGACGCAGGGGAGUAUACGUGCUUGGCGGGUAACUCUAUCGGACUCUCCCAUCACUCUGCAUGGUUGACCGUUCUGGAAGCCCUGGAAGAGAGGCCGGCAGUGAUGACCUCGCCCCUGUACCUGGAGAUCAUCAUCUAUUGCACAGGGGCCUUCCUCAUCUCCUGCAUGGUGGGGUCGGUCAUCGUCUACAAGAUGAAGAGUGGUACCAAAAAGAGCGACUUCCACAGCCAGAUGGCUGUGCACAAGCUGGCCAAGAGCAUCCCUCUGCGCAGACAGGUAACAGUGUCUGCUGACUCCAGUGCAUCCAUGAACUCUGGAGUUCUUCUGGUUCGGCCGUCACGGCUCUCCUCCAGUGGGACUCCCAUGCUAGCAGGGGUCUCUGAGUAUGAGCUUCCCGAAGACCCUCGCUGGGAGCUGCCUCGGGACAGACUGGUCUUAGGCAAACCCCUGGGAGAGGGCUGCUUUGGGCAGGUGGUGUUGGCAGAGGCUGUCGGGCUGGACAAGGACAAACCCAACCGUGUGACCAAAGUGGCUGUGAAGAUGUUGAAGUCGGACGCAACAGAGAAAGACUUGUCAGACCUGAUCUCAGAAAUGGAGAUGAUGAAGAUGAUCGGGAAGCAUAAGAAUAUCAUCAACCUGCUGGGGGCCUGCACGCAGGACGGUCCCUUGUAUGUCAUCGUGGAGUAUGCCUCCAAGGGCAACCUGCGGGAGUACCUGCAGGCCCGGAGGCCCCCAGGGCUGGAAUACUGCUACAACCCCAGCCACAACCCAGAGGAGCAGCUCUCCUCCAAGGACCUGGUGUCCUGCGCCUACCAGGUGGCCCGAGGCAUGGAGUAUCUGGCCUCCAAGAAGUGCAUACACCGAGACCUGGCGGCCAGGAAUGUCCUGGUGACAGAGGACAAUGUGAUGAAGAUAGCAGACUUUGGCCUCGCACGGGACAUUCACCACAUCGACUACUAUAAAAAGACAACCAACGGCCGACUGCCUGUGAAGUGGAUGGCGCCCGAGGCAUUAUUUGACCGGAUCUACACCCACCAGAGUGAUGUGUGGUCUUUUGGGGUGCUCCUGUGGGAGAUCUUCACUCUGGGUGGCUCCCCGUACCCCGGUGUGCCUGUGGAGGAGCUUUUCAAGCUGCUGAAGGAGGGUCACCGCAUGGACAAGCCCAGUAACUGCACCAACGAGCUGUACAUGAUGAUGCGGGACUGCUGGCAUGCAGUGCCCUCACAGAGACCCACCUUCAAGCAGCUGGUGGAAGACCUGGACCGCAUCGUGGCCUUGACCUCCAACCAGGAGUACCUGGACCUGUCCAUGCCCCUGGACCAGUACUCCCCCAGCUUUCCCGACACCCGGAGCUCUACGUGCUCCUCAGGGGAGGAUUCCGUCUUCUCUCAUGAGCCGCUGCCCGAGGAGCCCUGCCUGCCCCGACACCCAGCCCAGCUUGCCAAUGGCGGACUCAAACGCCGCUGACUGCCACCCACACGCCCUCCCCAGAUUCCACCGUCAGCUGUAACCCUCACCCACAGCCCCUGCUGGGCCCACCACCUGUCCGUCCCUGUCCCCUUUCCUGCUGGCAGGAGCUGGCUGCCUACCAGGGGCCUUCCUGUGUGGCCUGCCUUCACCCCACUCAGCUCACCUCUUCCUCCACCUCCUCUCCACCUGCUGGUGAGAGGUGCAAAGAGGCAGAUCUUUGCUGUCGGCCACUUCAUCCCCUCCCAGAUGUUGGACCAAGACCCCUCCCUGCCACCAGGCACUGCCUGGAGGGCGGGGAGUGGGAGCCGAUGAACAGGCAUGCAAGUGAGAGCUUCCUGAGCUUUCUCCUGUCGGUUUGGUCUGUUUUGCCUUCACCCAUAAGCCCCUCACACUCUGGUGGCAGGUGCCUUGUCCUCAGGGCUACAGCAGAGCAGUAAGGAGGUCAGUGCUUCGAGCCUCAAUUGAAGGUGACCUCUGCCCCAGAUAGGUGGUGCCAGUGGCUUAUUAAUUCCGAUACUAGUUUGCUUUACUGACCAAAUGUCUGGUACCAGAGGAUGGUGAGGCGAAGGCCAAGUUGGGGGCAGUGUUGUGGCCCUGGGGCCCAGCCCCAAACUGGGGGCUCUGUACAUAGCUAUGAAGAAAACACAAAGUGUAUAAAUCUGAGUAUAUAUUUACAUGUCUUUUUAAAAGGGUCGUUACCAGAGAUUUACCCAUCGGGUAAGAUGCUCCUGGUGGCUGGGAGGCAUCAGUUGCUAUAUAUUAAAAACAAAGAAAAAAGAAAAAAAGGAAAAUGUUUUUAAAAAGGUCAUAUAUUUUUUGCUACUUUUGCUGUUUUAUUUUUUUAAAUUAUGUUCUAAACCUAUUUUCAGUUUAGGUCCCUCAAUAAAAAUUGCUGCUGCUUCAUUUA